AUGGUUCAGAAAGUUUUGUUAUUAGGUUCUGGUUUUGUUGCCAAACCAACUGUCGACAUCUUAGCAGCCGACCCAAACAUCGAAGUCACCGUUGCGUGCAGAACUUUAUCCAAGGCCAAGGAGUUGGCUGGUGACAAAGCCCAAGCAAUCUCCUUGGAUGUUACUAAUUCAGAAGCAUUGGACUCGGAAUUGGCCAAAUUUGACCUUGUCAUCUCAUUGAUUCCAUACACAUAUCACGUCAAUGUUGUUAAAUCCGCCAUCAAGAACAAGAAACACGUUGUCACUACUUCAUACAUCAACCCACAAUUGAAGGCAUUGGAGAAGGAAAUUGAAGCUGCUGGAAUCACCGUAAUGAAUGAAAUCGGUUUGGACCCAGGUAUCGACCACUUGUACGCCGUUAAGACAAUUGAAGAAGUCCACCGUGACGGCGGUAAGAUCAAAUCAUUCCUCUCAUACUGUGGUGGUUUGCCUGCACCUGAAAACUCUGACAAUCCUUUGGGAUACAAAUUCUCAUGGAGUUCGAGAGGUGUCUUGUUGGCAUUGAGAAACUCUGCCAAAUACUGGCAAUCAGGCAAAGUCGUUGAUGUCAAGUCAGAAGACUUGAUGGCCAGCGCCAAGCCAUACUUUAUCUACCCUGGUUUUGCCCUCGUUUGCUACCCAAACAGAGACUCAACAACUUAUAAAGAAUUGUACAACAUCCCAGAGGCAGAAACAGUUGUUAGAGGAACAUUGAGAUUCCAAGGCUUUCCAGAAUUCGUCAAGGUUUUGGUUGACACCGGAUUCUUGAAGGAUGACGAAACUGAAAUCUUUACAAAGGAAGGACCAUGGAACGAAGCUACUGCCAAACUUAUUGGUGCUAAAUCAUCAUCCCAAGAAGAUUUGAUUACCAGAAUUAAAGAGCUCACCAAAUUCAAGUCUCAGGAAGACGAAGAACGUAUUAUUGAUGGAUUCAAAUGGUUGGGUCUUCUCUCUGAGAAACCAAUUCAUCCAAAGGGUAACCCAUUGGACACAUUGUGUGCUACAUUGGAAGAAUUGAUGCAAUACGAAGAAGGCGAACGUGACUUGGUCAUUUUGCAACACAAGUUUGGCAUUGAAAACAAAGAUGGAACCACAGAGACCAGAACCUCUACUUUGGUGGAUUACGGUGUUCCAGGCGGCUACUCAUCAAUGGCCAAGUUGGUUGGUGUUCCUUGUGCCGUUGCCACUAAGCAAAUCUUGAAUGGUACUUUGAACAAGAAGGGAUUGCUUGCUCCAAUGUCAUCAGAAAUCAAUGAUCCAAUCAUGAAGGAGUUGAAAGAUGAAUAUGGUAUUUUCUUAGUCGAAAAGACCCUCUAA